GGGGGGGGGGGGGGGGGGGGGGACGGCAGAUUGAUCUCGACGCAAGAGGCGGCACCUUGUCUUGUGCUUUUCCGGAGCGCGGGUUUGAAGAGCGGGAUGGUGGUUGUUACCUCCGGUACAGGACGUAGUGUAUAAGUAAGGUGUGCAUGCCUGCCGAGGAGAAAGGAGAAGAGAAGGGAUCCCAAUGCCAAUGCGUAUAGUCAGGUGUAGCUGUAGCUCUCAGCCGGGCCCGAGUGGCCUCGACUCGGCUGCUAGCUCGACUGACUGUUGGGGCCCAGCCACAACUCAUUGCCCCGAACGACACCAACUACUUAACCUACUCUACUCCCUUACUAGUAGUUAUUCGUGCUGGCAAUUAAGGUGGAUUGCCGCCCUUGACUCCCUCCUCAUGGAUAGGUACUCAUAUCGCGCAAUGCUCGUUCCCGUUCUCGUUGCCGUAGCCGUUGCCGCUGCCGUUGCCGUUGCCGUUGCCAUUACCGUUUCCGUUGUAGUAAAUGCCCCUCAGCGGUGUGGCGUGGCAGUAGCGCCAGCUCCAUCGCCAUCCAUUAACAUGACAGGCGUGUCCAGUUCAUGUAGUGUGUGUUGUGUUUUGCGGGUUGGGAUCUGGGAAAGAUAGUACUAGUAAGUCUAGUCGGCAGUUGACCAAAUUCAAAAGUUCAAAUUAUUCAUGCCUCCGCGGACUUGCAAAGUCCACAACCAGGAGAUGGAGCUGGGCUCUGCAGUUGCUCUUAUCUAGCUUUUUUGAAG